UCACCCAGAUUCACCCCCCUCAACCGGGCGCCCACGCACGCGCGCGUGGAUGAGACCGACCGGAUGAAAUCGGUUCACAACAGGGAGGAAAGUUAACGAAACUUAAGAAAACGCAACUGCUGCUAACUUCUGUCGUGAAUCGGUCGUCACGAACCAAAGCGUUCCCGGCAGCUCCUGUUUAUUGUGGUACUUUGUUAACAGGACAGCAGCCAUGCGUGCAAAUUUACUGUAUUUGGUGUGCAUGAUCUUCAUGUGUGUUUUGGAUAAGGCGCAUGCCUGUCUAAUGAUCAGUGAGGUGAACUGUGAUAAUCCCAGACUGGACACCCAGGAGUUUGUCGAGUUGUACUUUGACGGUAUGAAUCCCACUUCUCUAGAUGGGUACACGCUCGUGUUUUACAACGGCAAUGGCGACACUGCCUACCGCAUUAUAGAUCUCAAAGGACAUCAGACGGAUCCGCGAGGAUACUUUUUGAUCGGUUCCUCUGAACUGACUCCUCAGCCUGCCAUCUCUCUUCCACCCAACUCGGUACAGAACGGACCUGACGCCAUUGCGCUCUACGGUCCCAACUGGGCCCCGGUUCUUGACGGGGGAAAGGUUUCAGGAGUGGGUCUGUUGGAUGCAGUAGUAUACACUUCUCGUAGAUCUGCUGAGGGCGCAGACGGGCUGGCGUCGGUUCUGACUCCAGGUUCGCUUCCGUACGUGGAGGAUGAGAAGGCUCUAGAGGGGGACGAAUCGAUACAGCGCUGCUGGCAGUCCAACAAUCUCUGGACAUUCCACACAGGUCCCCCCACACCUGGAUGGGUCAAUCAUUGCCCGCCGCCGUCCCCAGGACACAUUUGGAUCAAUGAGGUGGACCUCGGUGGGCCGGAGAAGCGGGGAUUGGUUGAACUCAAUGUUGGCAUGGCAACCGGACUCUUUUCUGUGGUGCUCUUCGAUGUCACCACCGAUCUGAUAAGCACAAGUGUGGAGUUCAACGCAACGCGGGCUGGUAUCUUUACUGUAUCUGUGGAUACUGGUAGUUUGGCAGUGAAACAAAGUGCAGCUUUAGCAGUUUAUAAAGGCCCGGCGUCAAACUUUUCCAAGGGCAGCCCCCUCAGCCACCAGCAGCCAAUUGAUGCCUUCGUUUACGGUGACAAAAAGUACAUGCCCAGCGCCAACCUCACACAGACGCUCAUACCUGGGAGAAAACCAUUAAUAAUCACAGAAAGCAGUUUUGACACGUCGGGUGUAUCUGGCAGUCGCUGUGGAGUUGCAGAAUGGACGAGAGAUCCGGGUCUAUUUGUAAAAAGACUCCCAAGUCCCGGAAAACCCAACGACUGCAUUUGGUUUCAGACCUGCCCACGUAAUAUAACCUCAUAUACGUCAACGCCAGGAUGGAAUAAGCCUCCUUUUCACAGUGAUAAUGAUUUCCUGAUCAAUGAGAUCAACACCGAUUCACCCGGCGCAGCAGAAGAUGAGGAGUUUAUAGAGUUGUGGCAUCCAUCCGGCUUCCGUAUGUUCUUGGACUUUAUCUGGCUGGUGUUGAUCAAUGGACAGACGGGUGAAGUGUAUUUUGAGUUGGAGCUCAGUGAAUACUACACUGAUGAAAAUGGGUACUUCUUGAUCGGCAGCAGUAAGAUCGGCGCAGACGUAACGAUUCAAGCAAACAAUAUUCAGAACGGACCAGAUGCCAUAGCGAUAUACCGCAGCGAGUCUUCACCCUCCAGUGAGAGUUCAGGUAUCCCAAAGAAAGGCUUGUUGGACGCAGUGGUUUACCGCUCUCGUGGAUCUGAUAAAAAAACGGGGGAGCUCACAGAUGCUCUAACACCGGGACAGCUCCCCCUGCUGGAGGACAUCAACGCCUUACCAGGCGAUGAGACUCUCUCCCGAUGUGGAUCUGACAGACUUAACCUCAGCGUUUACAGGGUUGGUUCUCCCACGCCAAGAAAACCGAACGACUGUCCGUCCAAACCCACUUUAGCCCCGCCCCCAAAGGGUGUCGUCUUCAAUGAGAUUGGAGAUAAACAAUCAGAGCAGAGUAUGUUUGUGGAGUUGUCCGGUCCACCGUUGACCUCCCUGCGUGGACUUGUUUUGGUAUUUUUGGAUGAAGGAGGUCAAGAAAAAAAAUCUGUCCCGCUAACUGGCAGCAUAGGAGCUGAUGGAUUUUAUCUCGUAAGCAAUGUCUCUGGAGCAGAUCAAAGUUUGACAGCUUCAUUGACUGAUCUGAGUGCAGUGGAGUUGUGUUUCGAAGCGUCAGGCUCGGGUGUAUGUGGCAGUGAUUCACGUCGUCUAGAUCGCUUCAACUUUAACACUGACCUGGAGCUACGCGUUGAUGUGCUUUUAAAGUUGUAUUCUGUAUCUCGAUGCGAGUCAGACGGACACCCACUCUGGAUUUAUUCGCAUACGUCUGCACGCCUGCCGAACCUCUGUCCAAAUCCUUCACUUUCCAUCUCUGUGGAUCUCUGCCUACAUUUAGAAAGUUGUUCCAAAAAAGACAUCGCUGUUUUAUUGGAAAAGUCAUGCAAGUGUGGAAUCUCAAGUUUACAUCUUGAAGAUGUGAAUGCAUCCUGUGAGUCAGGUGGUACACAUGUACAAGGGCCUAUUGUUUCAAUUUCAGACCAGCAGAGGGAGCAAAUCAAUGAAACGCUGCAUGUCAAUGGGUUUUUAUGUUACAGUACAAUGAAUCAGCCGGUUCGUGCAGCCGAGUCGUCUGUCGGCCUGCAAGUUGGGCUCGUGCUCACAGCGUUUCUGCUGUUUGGUUUGGGUGCAGCGUUGAUUGCCUACCUGUACAAGAGAAGGCGACCCUCAGAUUAUCUGUCAAUGCAGAUGAACGAACAUCCUGACACACCACUGGACCUGUAGUUUAUUUGUGUGAAUGUGUGUGUGUGGAUGUUUGUGUGUUUUAUAAAGAUUAUGCAAUAUUGACAUUCAAAGACUUGUUUUAAGGUGUUUAGGAAACCCGUUAUACAUACUAUAUGUUGUUGUUUUUUAUUGUGAUCAUGCAUACUUUAAUGUGCAUUUUGUCAUGAACGAGCAAUGCUAGCAAGUGUCAUGAGACUUCAGCUUACGGUACUUUAGCUUGUGUUAUCAUCGCGUGUGAUGCAAAGAUAAGGUCGUUCUUUUAAGUUACAAAAUUCUGUAAUACUUCAAACAGCUGAAAACUACGUUGUCUCAGACAAUGACAUGUUUGUCAUGUGACAGCCACCAUAGCUUCACAAUGCUUUGCUUUUUAAAGGGGAGGGGUAAGCAGUUGGUUGCAAUUCACAGUCUCACCACUAGAUGCCAGUAAAAUCUACAUAGUGCACCUUUAACCUUCACAAAUCAUUCCAUUCAGAAAUAAAUUAAACGAGACAUGCCGAUAUUUUAAGAUUUCAACAUCCUCCAUUCAAAACAUCAGAUUUAAAAUAGCGCCGGAAAUUGUAAUCGCUCCAGAAAUUGCUCACACAAUCAUGUUUUUGGGUGUGUGUGUUUACAGAUUUGCUUUUAUGUAUCUAGUGUUUAAUGUGUUGUAAAUUGUUCUCAGGUUCAUAAGGUACAAUGUAUGUACAAGACGAAAGAUUUGGGUGAAUAACUUUAGUCUCAUGUAUGACUCUCCCGCUCUAUCCUCCAUUAGUUGUAUAUUACGUAGUCAGACCGUUUCACUUGUGGACUGAUAGUCUUUGUUACUAAUUUUUAAAGGUUCGUCACAGUUCAGCCGGCAGUGAAGAAUACUUUUGCGGUCUAGACCAAACAGAAAAUAUACAGGAAACAAAGGGUCACUGUGAUGGGCGGUACUGUUAUUUUUAUCAGAGCAGAACUAUACAUUUGACAUGUUGUAUUAUUAAGUAAAAGUUAUAUCGUGUUGAUUUUUUUUAUUCUUCACUUGUUUCUUAUUGGUUAUUGAUGAUCAGUCUUGUUUGGCUGGUGCAUUUUUGUAAAAUACAUUGAAAAUAAAGAAUUGUUUGUUUA